AUGAGCCACUUGAAGACGGAAAGAUCAGGAAAAAGUAGGCCAAGACAAUCUGAUUACAAAGCAUCUGACAGACCUGCUGUUAGUGUGGGUAGUGUACAAAAUACCCAAAGGCCUAAGUGUCAACAUUGUGGAAGAAGUCACCCCGGUGAAUGUAGAAGUAAGUUAGGGGCUUGUUAUAAAUGUGGGGCCACUGAUCACUUUAUUCGUGAUUGUCCCCAAUUACAAGUAGAAGAAGUGGAACAGAGGGAGAAACAGAAAAUUCUUCCUCAAAAAGGAAGACGCUCUGGUCAGAGCAGUGCUACAGGGGCUACUCGUUCGGGUAUGAAAGAUACUGCUAGCCGAUCAGAAGUUAGGGCUCCUGCUCGUACUUAUGCCAUUCGAGCGAGAGAAGAAGCAACAGCUCCAGAUGUAAUUGCUGAUUGACUUGAAGUGAAGUGGGUAGAUCGGAUCAACACAACAGGGCACACUAUUCAGAUCAAUUCUGGUAGUUUUUGUUUUAUGUUUAAAGAUUUAUAUGGCAUGUAUAGAGUUUGAAUGAAUUGAAGUAAAGAUGUUAUGAACUAGUUAACAAUAUUUGUACUAAAACAGUUUUUGGUAAGUAGCAGUAGUUUGACUUUGAAAAUUCACCAUAAA